CGUCGUGUGGCGACUGUCGACGUUCCUCCUGGGAUUCCACUGGGCGCUCGCUGCCUGCCUCUUUCUCUCUUCCUCCCCUGCCCCUCUGCCUUAAACCCCAGCUCCCACUGCCCCUGCUGCCCCCCUGAAUCGCUCCCCGACCAACAAGACUUCUCCCCACCCUUCGCCGAGCGUCCCUCCCUGCCCCUGAAACCGACUCUGAUCCAUCCAAUGUUCGAGCGAUUUCUCCGACCGUACACACUGAGCAUGUGUUGUUGGGAUAAUGUAUAUAUAUAUUUUUUUUUUCUCCUCAUUUUUUCUACGUACUCGACUUCAUACGACCGUGCAUCGAUUCAGGUGGCACCCAUAAUAGGCCGCAAAUGCGAGCGAAGACGAAAAGUGUCGUCUGAGAAUUGAUCGUUGGAUCACGAAGGAUGCCGGGGCAUUCCGCGAGGUCGAAGGCUGCUCCUCAUCGGUGAGCGGUCGCCUCCGCGGGAGGGGGUGACUAGAGCAGUAACUCGUAGCGGCGGCGAAUUAUUCAUUUCACGUUGGAAAAGAAUUGUAGCGUUAUCCUUUUUCCGACGAAGGACGCCCGAUGCGUUCGUUCGAGUUCUAUAAAAUCCUUCAUAUUUCAACGAAGUCGUAGCGGUAUGAACCGCUCGCGGCCGAUCGGUCACCCGUUACGCGUUACCACAUCGUCACGCAUGAUUUAUAUCGUGCGAAAUUCAUCGCGAUUUAAUAACCCUAAGACACGGCAACGUACGAUCGGAAUACGAAUACUCGUUCUAUUCACCGUCGGAUACGAUUCGCCGCAAUAUUUUCGUUCGUUGGGCGUGAGAUUUUUUACGGCUCGAAUAACGCAAGUUCGCGGAUAUCGAUAACCCGCGCCGAAAUGGAACGAUUCCUCCGUCCCCUACCUAAUCCCAUCCGCGGGAUGCGACGCGGCGAGUGGACCAGGGAAAACUCUUCCGGCAAAGAUGAUCCACGAGCACAAGCGACGAGGAUACUAUACCUGCUUGCUGGCUGUAGUUCGCACACACAAUUCUACCGAUCGUUUACCCCACCACAAAGGGGGAAAAAAUACCUCACUGGACCCCAAGGACCGGCGCUUCGCUAUCCUUCCCAAGGGAUUCUGAGAUGGAAUGCCUCGGUAAAAUAAGAUAUGGAUCUACGAGGGGGUGCGGAAUAAGAGACAUUCGAGUAUCAUGCUAUGAGAAGUGGGAUCAAUUUGUUUUCCCCUUUCUUCUUUCGUUUUUGUUAUCUUUAGGUUUUGUCACCGUGAAAUGAUGCGUCUUUGAGUCUUUGAUAGUUUGAAAUGAGAAACGACAGUUCGCUAUCCUACGACCUCGAGAGUCUCAAGAACGCUGCCAGGGAGGUUUACCAGCAUCGAAGCAACCCAGAGUUGAUCCGCCAGAGAGCAAAUCGCAAUGACUAUGUCCACGCGGGCUACAGAAUUCUCCAAUGCGUAGCCACGGCAAUUGUAUUCGGAUUUCACCUGGCUCUUGACAAGGAGGAUCAUGACCACGAUGACGAAGACCAUCGCGACGAACGUCACCACGAUGAAAACCAAGAGAAUCCUCACGUGUGGGAUAACGCAUUUCUCAUUCUCUAUCCAGCAUGCUUUGUAGCUAGUUUCAUACUCGCCGUUACCAGGAUAAUCAAUAUUCUACCGAAUCCCAGACCGUUCAUUCCAGUUGCCAUUUCCAUUUGCGGUUGGGCGGCGAUGCUGAGCUGUGCUAUCAUGGCCAUGAGGCACGCUCACGACGAAGUUCAUGUCGACGAUAUGACCGACGCGGAAAUCGCCGAGGACCCAACCUUUCUACACGAUCUUACGAUAUGCGCUAUGUCUCUGGUUGCAUCUUCCCUCUAUCUCGUACACGCUUGGCUUUGUUACGACUGCUGGUGGUGGGAGAAGAAGCAACGAAAACUUGAACGGGGUAUAGACGCUGGGAAAAACUCGACAUCGAGUUCGAAUGCGGAGUCAAUCUCUUCCGACACUGGAUCUUCGGAGACUCCACCCGGUACCUCAUCGGGAACUAGGGGUGAAAGGCAAAGCGAAAGUGGUAGCCGAAAGAUACGAAGAUCUUCGCAACUACUGGAAAAAUUGAAAAUUAGGGGCUCAAAAACUGUGCAGGAAGAAGAUGGCCAUCACAUAUCGAUACUCGAAGAAAUCUUGCAGGGCUCGGUUGGCGCCAAACAAAUCAAAGUCGAGGACGAACCGGUCAGACUCUACUGUUGCUGCAUCGACUUCUGCGACAUGAUAAGGCGCGAGUACAGGACGAACGCACCUGUACACGAGUUCCAAGUCAUACACGUUAUGUAGACCGAGAAAGGGCUGGGUGGCUGCACGUAACGAAUAAACUUUCCACUCUCAAUAUUACCAAAAGCCGUAUCUCAUCUUGUCGUUCGUUCGGUCGCCGGUUCGUUCGUGUGAUUCCGUAUAACCACACUGCGCUGCGGUUAAAAAUAAGUAAGACCUGCUGCACGAGAUGCACCGAUGAAAAACUAUAAAAAUUGUUUCGUCAUUGCGACCGGCGAUGCGGGAGCUAUCAAACCCGCAAUAAGGAGAGAUAUACAUACAGCUACGUUUCGAGAUAUCGUCAUACAGUCCGGUUUUUCAUCUUCGGCCCGAAGAAUCCAGCUUCUCGCAGUGAAUCUGGUCAUCGCUGUCAUCGUGGUCGCCGCUAAUUUUACCCGUGAAGCAACAAUCACGGCCUCCGCUAUCUCUGAAGCACGGGUACCGCCCGCCGUUAUUAACAAUACGAUGAUGCAAAGUCGGAACAAUUACGUCAACUUUGAACCUCGAGCCGUGACGUCAUUGGUGACAGACACCGUGCGUGGCGGAAAUUCAGAAUCUAGGUGGACCGGUUAUCGCGAGGAAAAGCGAGUCCGACUGUUUGCAAAACAGAAAACCUGAUCGUGGAUCUCUUCGAUGGCGAACGUCGAUAUUUUCGGCAUCGAAGGGUGGAUUCGUAAGGACUCUGGGCCAAGAGGUGUAAGCCACCUGAAAUAGCGCUCCUUGAAUUCUUCGCCGACCCUGCGAGCUCGAAACCUCUCAGUCUUUAUCGGAUUGAGGGCGUGCGUGCCUCGAGGCAGGGUAUCAAACGUAGCUCGAUGAUGUACGCGUUGUACUUUUGGGCGCGUCGUAGUCUACGGGUCGCGACGUAGCAGCGUCCUGAGGAUGACGAGAGGUAGUGGGGAUUCGUCCAGCAUUAAGAAUUCUACGACCACGAUGUCCCGGCAUCCGCAUUAUUCUCAGUCGUCUAACAGUCGCCGGACAAACCUGCCGCAGAUACUCUGUUUCGAUCAUACGACGUACGGAAUUCAUCGAAGUUACUCAAAAAUCUACCGAAAUUUUCCGGACAACCGUAUCUCGUAAU